UUCGUUUUGAGCAGAAGUGCGACUUUAGAGCGCGUGCGUGCUGAUCUGCCGCGUGCGGAGGGACACAUAUGGAUUACAGAGGCGAUUUCCGUGGCAAGCGAGCUUCAUGACAUGUAGAUAACCCAGGAUAUCUCGGCCAAGCGACAAACAACCAAGGGUCUGGUUUGUGGUCAGAGUGUGUGAUGGGGGGGUCUGUGGACUGGCUACUGAUUGUGGUCCUCUCAUGACCUUGGAAGCGUUGCAGUUUGGAGGAGAAAACUCGGAUUAUAAUCUGCGGUGCUCAAAAAUCUCCACACACCAUGCAGGAUGAUUUACUGAUGGACAAAAACAAAGCGCAGCCUCAUCAGCAGCAAGAUCCGACACAAGCAGACCCUCCUCCCUCCACCCCGUCAUCGGAUCCCGCUUCAUCUUCAUCCGAGUCGGAGAGCCCGUCUACCGGCAGCAGCCAAGCGGCUUCCGCGCUGAGGGACAGCAGAGCCCCCAUGGAGUCGCCGAUCCUCCCCGGGCUGGGCUUCCACCAGGACACCGGAGGAUCCCUCAGCUCUCCUCCCUCCUCAUUCGGCAGCACUUGGUCCACGGGAACCACCAACACCGUGGAGGAUAGCUUUUUCCCAGGAAUGCCGUCGGUGAACGGGACGAUGCUUUUCCAGAACUUCCCCCACGUCAGCCCGGUGUUUGGGGGGAACUUCUCCCCGCAGGUCGGUCUGUCUCCGCAGCAGCAGCAGCAUAGGAGAUCCCCGGUCAGUCCCAGCCAGGGGCCCCUUCCCCAGAGAAACGCUUAUCAAACCAUCAUGAACAACAGCAAAGGUUCUUCGUCGUCUUCCCCGACUUCCUCCUCUGCCUGGAAUAAUCAGCAGAACGCGGCUUGGAGCUCCGCGUCCAGCCCCUGGAGCGCGCUGCAGCCGGGCAGGGACCCGCGCCGAGCCGUGGGCGUAGGGGUCGGAGUCGGCGUCGGGGUGCCGUCUCCCCUCAACCCCAUCUCCCCGAUGAAAAAGUCUUACACCAGCAAUGUCAUAGCACCGCCCAAAUUCCCCAGACCCGGUGUUCCUCUCGCUCCCAAACCCUGGAUGGAGGACGCUGCGUUCAGGACGGACAACAGCAACAACGCGCUGCCUUUCCAGGACCGGAAUCGGCCCUUUGAUCCUUUUAACUUGAACUCUUUUGAUCUUCCCAUAACGGAAAUGAUAAAGACUGACCAUGAGAAAGGUAAACCACACCCAGCUGGUGGCCCACCAAUGACUAUCGCUGAUAUUAUAUGGAGGAAUCAUUUUGCAGGACGCAUUGGACUCAACUUUCACCAUCCUGGAGCAGAACAUAUAUUGCCCCUAAAUACAGCCCGAAGCUAUGGCCGCAGACGAGGUCGGUCCUGUCUCUUUCCCUUUGAAGAUGGCUUCCUCAAUGACAGCCACGGUGACCCCACCCUGACUCCUGGCCUGAACUCGCCGACCCGCUGUCAGAACGGGGAGAGGAUGGAGCGCUACUCUAGGAAAGUGUUCGUCGGAGGCCUUCCUCCCGACAUAGAUGAAGAUGAAAUCACCAACAGUUUCCGUCGCUACGGGCACCUGGUGGUGGAUUGGCCUCAUAAAGCUGAAAGCAAAUCCUACUUCCCACCUAAAGGUUACGCCUUCCUGCUUUUUCAAGAAGAGGCUUCAGUUCAGGCCUUGAUCGACGCCUGCAUUGAGGAGGAUGGGAAGCUCUACCUCUGCGUCUCAAGCCCCACCAUUAAGGACAAACCAGUCCAGAUCCGUCCCUGGAACCUGAGUGACAGCGACUUCGUUAUGGACGGCUCCCAGCCUCUGGAUCCCCGCAAAACCAUCUUCGUUGGUGGUGUCCCCCGGCCCCUGCGUGCAGUGGAGUUGGCGAUGAUCAUGGACCGGCUGUACGGAGGCGUUUGCUACGCAGGAAUAGACACCGAUCCGGAGCUGAAAUAUCCAAAGGGAGCCGGGCGUGUGGCCUUCUCCAAUCAGCAGAGCUACAUCGCUGCAAUCAGUGCCCGCUUUGUCCAGCUGCAGCACAAUGACAUCGACAAAAGGGUGGAGGUGAAGCCGUACGUCCUCGACGACCAGAUGUGCGACGAGUGCCAGGGGGCGCGCUGCGGCGGGAAGUUCGCCCCCUUCUUCUGUGCCAACGUCACCUGCCUGCAGUACUACUGCGAGUACUGCUGGGCCAGCAUCCACUCCCGAGCCGGCCGGGAGUUUCACAAGCCGCUGGUGAAGGAAGGGGGCGACCGCCCUCGACACGUGUCCUUCCGCUGGAGCUGAGAGGGCGACGGAUCUGCGCUACCAUCCCUAUGAACCCACAUCGGAUCGUCCAGAGGGGGGGGACACCAUCCCCCACAGCUCCACCCUGCUUCCCACAAGCACCCCCACUCCCCCGUUAUGGAAAAAAAAAGAAAAAAAAGAAAACAGUAUCCAACAUUGUCCAGUGCUCCCCUCUGAUGAAGCUUUGUGGGGGAAAAUGGAAAAAAAAUCAUCUUACAAUUUGCACUUUGGCACAAAAUCUCACUAAAAACACACACAUGAAGACACACACACACACGGUUGGUUUGGUAUGUCCGACACCUAGCUACUUCGAGCUCCCCGCUCUGGCACGCCCUCACCGAAGCAGAGCUGGGACCAUUUACAUAUUUAAAACCAAUAUAGAUGGAUAUAUUUUUUUUGUUUUUUACUUAUCUAGACAUAGCUAAUUUAAAUUUAUGCAAAAGGAGCAUGCACUUACUUUGAAACAGCUGUAGUUAUGUUGCCCCUAAAUGAAAUAAAAGACUACCAAAGGCUAAUUAAAUACAAGUAAACCUUAAAGCAAAAUAGGCGGCUUGACAUGUAGCAAGAAUUAACAGCUGUUGUGUAGUUAGGGAGGAAAAUAACUGAUAUAUUCACUCUCGAUCGUGACUCUGUAAAUGUUAAUACCUCACAAUCAGAUUAGUUUGCGUUCGAAAUCUAGGUCUUUAUUUUUAUAAUAACAUGAUUUUUUUUUUUAGUGUUAUGUAAACGUACUGCUGCAGGAGCUUUGCUGCUAAGUCCACCGUAUGAACGGACACCAUAAGUACUUUAUUUUUCCAGCGAGGAAGGAGAGAGAGAGGAGUGAUCCAUAGAAGCAGCUGGCGUUUCAGGGCGACGAGUUGUCUCAGGCAGCAAUGGUUAAGGUGGAGGGGAGGGGGGGAUCAGGGUGGUUCGCCCCUAACUGCAUGUUUGAUCUAGUCGGGCUGCUGCAUGCGAAAGCCUUUUUCCUGACGGUGUCUGCAGGUCCGGAUUCUGACGUGUUUUUCACUGCAGGUCGUGCUGUGCCUUGCUGAAGGAUUCAUUCUGCUUUAACUUCUCCACCUUCCAUCAAAUUUAUAAUUUAUUGGGAAUUUAUGUGAACAGACCAAAGAAAAGUAGCACAGAAAAUGUGCAGAAAUGCAAAGAAAAUGUGACGCUUGUUUUUUUUUGGUAAUGGUUAAAAAAAGGAAAAUAUUCCUGUGUGCUGAUGGGUCUCCAUGGUUACAGCAUCAUGUUCUUCUACCAGCUUAUUGUGACCAGAUUAGUGUUAAUCACCUUUUAAAGCCUUGCUGUAGAUUCCUAUUUGGAAUUGGGGCUGGACUUUGACUAGGCCAUCCUUACUAAUGAACAUGAUUGGAUCUAAACCGUUCCCUUAUAGAUCCGGCUGGAAGUUUCUUUCUCUCCAGGUUAAUCCCGUUUUUAGCUCCAACCAUCUUUCAAUAAUCUUGAUGGUGAAGCUGAAGUUGUUUCGAUGUUUCCUUCAUAAUCUGCAGCUUUUUUUUUUUUCAACAUUUCUUUUCUAUUCAGGAAAAGCAUAACUUAUAGUUGUCCUUCCACCUGAGCUGUGAAUUUCUGCAGUUCCUCCAGUUACCAUCAGGCUUUUCACUGCUUGUCUGAUCCUUUCCCCAGCCUCACUCUAAGCUGAUUACCGUUUCUUGAUAGGUUUUCCACUUUUUUUCCAU